AUGGACGUUUCGAAUUUGGGAUACGUAGACAUAGUGUGUGGGCUCCGCAAUCUGAUAUCCUCGGGGUCAGACUUUCAAGAUGUUCGCUACAGACAGCUGAUGCACGCCCUGAACAACUACAGGACCAGACGAGGUGAGAAUCUACAGGAAUGGGUAGAGCUGGACGGGAAUGGCCAGAAUCCGUUCAACAGGCAGCAGUACGAGUGUCUAUUGACCCAGAUUGAUAUUUAUGUAAACUAUCUGGCAAAGGGGCUAAAAGUACCGCCAGACUUACUCUCUAGGUCCUCCAAUAUUCAGACAUCUGAGGAUGGACACAUUGGCGCAGAUUCUGGAAUCUACGCCAGCGAUGGGAUAAAGAAUGGAUCGAAUUAUGCGAUACGGCAGGAGCCGUGCAGAAACUACAACUCGGUGUUUUCAGACUCCACCUAUGAUGCAUCUUAUAAUAUGGAGGCUGUGCUGAUUGAUGUUAAUGGGACAUUUAAUUAUAAACCGGAGGAAUUUGGACCUGGCAUGCCAAACAGAGUGGCUGUAAAGUCGGAGGGAAUGAGUCAAAAGGAUGAUAGAGUGGAGAAAGAUUCCACCGGAAUUUCUGAAAUUCUCACAAUAGCCGAUACACUACAUCGAUCCAGCGAUUUUUGGGGUCCCGGGUGCUUUUGGUUGGAUUACAAGGACAAUCUGGAUCAAAAUAAGUUGACAUUCAUCCUUACCGCGGUAACCAAUCUAAAGAGCAUGUUGGAAUAUGUAAUGCAUGUGAAUACAAAAGAGUCUGUUAAAAAUUUGGAGAAUUUAGCCAGGGAAUCUGGGCUCUAUGAUUAUAUUUUUUCACGUGACUCGGAUGAGAAUUUGUGUAAAGUUGAGGUGAAUGAGGAAAGUAGUCAAAAGGUGGAUACUACUCAGGGAGAAACAUAUGGGUCGCAAGGUAAUAAGGAAUCGUAUUCAUCAUUUAACCAGGUCCCUGUGCAAAAUGUCUCCCAAAAAGAUCCAUCGUAUGAUAUUUCGAGUCCUCCAUUACAAACAGUUCAUCAAAAUCAGGGGUCAGAUGCGUCACCAGAGGACGAAAUUCCAUUUUCUCAUUUACAAAACGCAUACAUUUCGUUGGUGCGAUUGGAAAAUAUGAUAAAUCUGCUGGUUUUACAAAGGAGCUUAAAGUCUAUGAUUUCCCUAACCAGAGUCCUGGAUUACUCUCCAAACUUUAAGCAUCCGGAAAGAUCAUUCAGGAAGGAUCUUCCAGAUUAUAUCAGACACUUUACAACUCUACACAAGGAGAAUCGCAAGGUUUCCAGGAAAAAUGCAAUAUCUGCAGUUAGAGCAAUAGAAGUGGCCAUCAAACGUAUUGAAAUGCAAGAAAGUGCCAAACAAAAACAGAGACUCGAAGCUUUGAGGGCUCAUAAUGAAGAAGAUUAUCUCAGACUCCUUAAGGAAAGUAAGGAGAGCAAGUUUUUGCAGAUUAUAAAACAAACUGAAGUGUACAUGGACUAUAUGUCCCACCUUCUUGUUAGAGCCAGACAGGUUUCAGACUAUGCACGAGUAUGUGCAACUCAAAAUGAGACUGCUCGGCCUUCCGUAGAAGGUUCAGAUUCUACUCUUCAGACUGAUACUAGUACUCCCCAAGACACGAGUGUACAGUCCAUCAUGGACGCCAAGACGCGUUAUUAUACGGUUGCAAACUGUGUAAAGGAGGAUAUAAAACAGGAUAUCCCCUCACUAAAUGGCAAGCUACGGAAAUACCAAAUGGAUGGUCUUAAUUGGCUUGUAUCGCUCUAUAAUAAUAAGUUGAAUGGGAUUUUCGCGGAUGAAAUGGGAUUGGGAAAAACUAUCCAGACUAUCGCAUUAUUAGCAUAUUUGAAGGAUCACAAGGGUAUAAGUGGAGUACAUAUGGUUCUUGCGCCCCUUUCCACUCUUCAUGGAAAUUGGAAGAAUGAACUGGAAAACUGGUUUCCAAGUUGCAAGAUUUGCAUAUAUGAAGGAACAAAGGAAUAUAGAAAGAGCAUGAGAAAUCGUUGGUAUGAAAAUGGAUCUUGUAGACCAAAUUUUGAUGUUUUACUAACAACUGAUUCUUUUAUUUUGCGUGAUAAAACAUACCUGAGAAAAAUUUGUUGGGAAUAUCUUAUUGUGGAUGAAGCCCAUAGGCUCAAGAAUCCAAACAGCAAACUCGUAAAAGUUUUAAACCAGGGAUUUGUCGUGAAUCGCAGAUUGGCUCUAACUGGAACUCCAUUACAAAAUGACCUGCAUGAAUUAUGGGCUCUCUUGAACUUUUUAAUGCCAGAGCUUUUUGCUUCUUCAAAAAAUUUCGACGAAUGGUUCAACGUCCCCUUGGGAUCGAUUGUGCGUACAAAGGAUACGGACACUCAACAAGCUGCACUUUCGGAAGAGGAGCAGCUCCUCAUCAUUGAUAGGAUACACAAAAUUCUUAAACCAUUUUUAUUGCGUCGCGAAAAGUAUGAGGUGGCAGAUGAGGUUCCUCUAAAUUUUGAGUAUGUUGUAUGCUGUCCAAUGAGUGGAAUUCAAACACGUUUGUAUGAAUUCUUGUCUUCCAGAGAAACUACACAUAAUAAAAUGAUUCAAUUGAGAAAGGUUAUAAAUCACCCCUAUCUGUAUUGUCCUGGAAAUUUCCCAUGUAAUGAUAAUAUAAUUAUGAGUUGUGGAAAAUUUGCAAUGCUUGAUAUAAUUUUGGCUCGUUUGUUCCAAGUUGGACAUAGAGUACUUAUUUUUAGUCAAAUGACGUCGUUGCUAGAUAUUUUAGAGGUUUAUUUGCGGUACAGAAAUUAUCAGUAUCUUCGUCUCGAUGGAUCCCUAAACAGUGAUCAACGUGUUGAUCGUCUCAAAAAGUUUAAUGAGGAAAACAGUCCCUACUUUGUCUUUAUUCUCUCGACAAAGGCGGGUGCACUUGGGCUCAACUUACAAACGGCUGAUACUGUCAUUAUUUACGACAGUGAUUGGAAUCCACAGGUUGAUAUUCAGGCAAAAUCAAGAGUGCAUAGAAUUGGACAAAAAUCGCAGGUUAUUACCAUAAGAUUUGUAACUCCAAAUACAAUUGAGGAGAAUAUACUUAAAAGUACAAGCGUGAAAUUAAGCCAGGAUGCACUGGCGAUAAAGUCUGGAGAGUAUCAUGGUGUACAGGUAGAAGAUGGAAGUAAGCAGGAGGAGGUUAUUAAAAUCCUUAGACGCAAUAAUGAAUGCGAUGGAUCCUAUGGAGUACGCACUAUUGAACGUAUAGAUGAAAUAUUGGCAAGGAAUGAUGAAGAUAAAAAGAGCUUUUACUUUACGGCCUUUAAAACAUUUAUGAUGAACCCGUUUGGAGUCAUACAAGAAAAGGUUAUACCGCCAUUCUUGUAUCAGUCUAUUGCAAAUUCUAAAAAGAUUUUCCUAACUGAUUCUGAUCGUAUUUUGCUUUCUGUAGAGGAAGAUACUUGGAAUUCUAUACUUUUGGACUAUGAUAUUUAUGCCGUAGAGCCGACUGACGAAUGUAUGAACAAGUUUGCAAAUUUGUUGGAAAGCUGUAAUUCUAGGGAUUAUUCAGAAGCAUUUUUAUAUAGUAUGAAUGUUUUAAAUAAUACCAUGAAAAGGAUAAAGUAUGGCAAUCUAUACAAGAGGGAGAAUGCGCAAUAUUUAGAAAGAGGAAAGAGGCUAAAGAUUGGAAAUGUCCAUGACAUAAACAUGAGUAUAAAUGAAGAUGAAAAGAGGAAACGAAGUGUGGAUGAAUCAUCAGAUGAUAUUCUCACCUCAGGGGUAGCAUCUUUUCCCUCUGAUGAGUGUGAUGCUUCUCUAAUGAAGAGCGAUUAUGCUCCUUCCACCUCCGAACCUGAACAAUGUGAUGAGUAUGUAGGAGAGAGCAAUGAGGGGUGGUCAAGAGAGAGUGAAGAAGAGGAGGACGAAGUGGUUAGAAGCAAAUCGUCAUCUAUUGAAUCCAUUGAAAAUGACUCUGUGGGAAACUCUGACGCUCCACAAGGUUCUCAUUCUUCAGGGCUUGCAAAUGAUGAGGAGGAAGAUGAUGACGAGGUACCAGAGAAGUGUUCUCUCUCUUUACAACGAGUGCCUAGUUCAAGUCAAACUCUCAUGCACACACACUCAUUUGAUGAAGGGAUUUCUGACCAUUCAUCUGGAAUAAACAAACAGAUUUGUAGCAUAACAUCAUUGGACUUGUCAUAUCCCCAAGAGCGCAUACGUAAUCUCAAUUACUUUAUGCGCUAUUUAAACGAUAGGCCGAUGGAUAAAAUUAAAAGUGAUAAACUCAAUGCACUGCACAUUGUUCUGAAGGAUGUUCUAACAAGCACAAUGAAUGAUGCAAGAUUUAUAGACUUUGUCAACCUACCAGACAAGUCAAUUUAUGUAGAUUACUAUGACAGAGUUUCAAAUCCAAUAUCACUUUCCUGCAUUUUAAAUUCUCUUGGUUCCAUAGAAUCGCUUUAUACAUUUAAAAAACAAAUGGAACUCGUGUUGAGCAAUUGUAUGACGUACAAUGGAGCUGAAUCCGCAAUUUUCCGCAGGUCAAUUGAACUUUAUGCACACAUUAACGCACAUGUUCAUGAAAAAUUGGCCAUGGAAUAUAUAAGAGUCUACAAUCCAAACAGGGCAAAAGAAUUUGAACAGGUUGUUUGUGAUAAGGAAUUUCCAAGCAACUGGAAAAUUAAUCCACUAUUUAAAUGA